AAUGAUUAACAUUGCUGACGCAGAGAAGACUGGAGUUAAGUUGGGAGAAAGACCUGUUCCAUCUUUUGAACAACCUGUCGGUAUUACACCCGUGCCAGAAGGUAGGUCUUUUGAUUACAUUUCAGAGCUGGAAAAUGUGUUUGUCUUUUUUGGGAACCUGGAUUUAGGGCUCAAAAUUUUCUGCAAAAGGUUACAGUGUAUAGAGAAAAAUAACAAAAUUUUCGUUUCUGACUGUCUUCUUUACAUUACAUUACAUGCAUGAAGUAUGUUGAAUAAUUAAGAUGUGUUGUCGUGUGGAGCAAUGUGUCUUUAAGACUGAUACGGCAUACAAGAUAAAUCCUGAAGUAAUCAUAGUAGUUUAAGUCUUACAGGAUUAAAAACAAAUAUUUUCGAAUGUGAAUGUUUUCGCGUUCCAAACUGUUCUGUUAUAAUUUAGAUGUUGAGAUUAAUGAUUAGAAUAAUUAGGUAUUCAAUCUUUUCAAUAAUCGUGUGUCCAAUAGUGUAAUUUCAGAAUUAGCUAUCAAACAUAAAAAAUGUCUGUGCACGUGAAAAUUCGUUGAAUAGUGCAAGGAUAUUCACCGAGACGCUUUGCGCCCUCUCCCGAGGGAAAUAGUUUUGUUUUCAGUUUCAUUGUUUCCAGAGACAAAGUCGAGAGAAACAUUGAGAUUCGAAGGAAAACAAAGCAAACUAUUUCCCCCAGGGAAAACAUGAAGUGUUUUGUUCUAUAGCGACGAAGUGGCCACAAAUCCACGUGGCCACAAAUCGUUUAAGCGCUAACUACAUAACAACACUAUAUAUUAUUCUGUUUGUCUAAUGUUCUUUUACAUUUCUGUUAAAGUACCAGUUACAAAGGAAACUCCUACCGUGGAAAUCACCACUGUUAGCACCAUGAGUAGCACGGAAGUUGUCACGGGUCAGGGUCACGGGUCAGGGUCAGGUACACCACAUGUUGGUCCAGAGAUAUCCACUGCUCUUCCAGAACCUACAACACGCCUUACUACACCCACAGAACCCACCACAACACCCACUACCCCUACAGAACCCACAACCACCCCUACAGAACCCACAACCACCCCGACAGAACCCACAACCACCCCUACAGAACCCACAACCACCCCGACAGAACCCACAACCACCCCUACUACACCUGUAGAACCCACUACAACACCUACUACUCCCACAAAACCAAGAACAACCCCAACUACUCCUACGGAACCUACAACAACCCCUACCACACCCACUACCCCAGCAGAACCAACGACAACCCCUACAGAACCCAUUACAACCCCCACUACCCCUUUAACAACUCUAACACCAACUACUACACCGACCACUUCAACAUCCGUAAGUAUUUUGACUUAACUGAGAAGCAUAGGUGGCCGAUUUCCUUAGCUUUUUUAUGGCUGCUCUGUAUUGCACCACUCCUGUAACUAUAGCUUUAUCCGAAUCAUGGCGUGGCGGCGGUUAUGCUUUUUGUCUGUACGGUCUCUAUUCUGUGACGCGUCACGCGUAUAUAAUUUCAACGUUAAUUAUGGCGUCAGCAGUUGGUGCUUGAAAUCAAGAACGGCAGUCUAUGCAGUUUUACGUUCGUGAUUUCGAAUAUAGACGGCUGCGUCUAUUUAUAACGCCUCAAUGUACUUCGCGCCGGUGUUCCUCAAUCGAAACGUCGCUUCUUUAACCUAGAGCUCUAAUCAGGCAAACAAACAAAAAAACAAACAAACAAACAAUGCGAGACAACUUACAUGCGUCACGAUACCAGUCGACUUCUAGCAAGUCUAGUUUACAGUGAUGUAAGAAAUGAAUGCAAUCGCCGAGUUAAUUACAAUCGCGAUCCAACUUUUCGGCGCUUCAAUCUAGUAUCUUAUGAGGCAUGAUAAACUUCAAUAUUCCAAUCAUUUAUUAUUUUUGCAUCUUUGACAGCAAUGUUCACCGAAAUUCGAAUAUUCUGAUUCCAUGGCCGUUACUGGAAGAGGUUAUGCUCAAUACAGAGUGACUGAAAAAGGAUUUGGUUUGCGGUAAGUUGAACUUACGUUUUUCCCGUACACGCUACCAUUUAUGGAGUGUUUAAGAUAUUCAGCAAAUGAAUUUUCAAACUAGGAUUUUUAACAUUGUUCCGGGAGAACCAAUGUCAUUGCUGUUCAAAAUAAAGUCUGCUUCACCGAAUGGUAAUAUUGGUUAUACUAGACCAACCGAUGCCUACUAAUAAUUAGCUGUGUAAAAAUAUGGAACACAGCUAGUACCAAAAAAUGUAAUUCAAUGUCAAAAAGAGUAAUACAAGUCUUGACUUCGAGCAACCUCGUGCCCAGGGUCUUUCCUCUUGGCGAGGGGAGAAAAGACCCUGAUAGACCCUGGUCACCUGAUCUGCUAAAAUCUAGCAGAUUUUUAAUUAGCAAUCCAAGAUGAGGUCAAUAAAUACUUGAUAUUUGGAUAAUUUUUAUAGUUUAAUUUAUAAUUUGCUUUUUGUAUGAUUGUCGUAAAGGAAUCCAAGAUAGUUAAUUAGAAAUCUGCUAGAUUCUAGCAGGUCACAUGACCAGCGUUUAUCAGGGUCUUUUCUCCACAAGACGAAAGACCCUGGGUACGAGGUAGGACUUCGAGCAGUUUGUUUUCAGACAGUUUGUUGUGCCAAAGAGUGAGUAAAUGACUUGUUUUGUCUGUGUUCCAUGCAUGCAAGUGACAAUGAAUUUGCUUCUGUAUAAUUUUAUCAUGUAUAUUAUUAAUAAGUUUAUUAUUAAUAAGCACUAUACGAUUUCAUCCGCUUUUGUAUGUGUGCCAACCCUUCUCAUGUAAAAGACGCAAUGUUCUAUACUUUGCUUGCAUGAGAUCGAUUUCAUCUUAAUUUCAAUAUAGUUUCCCACUACGACAAAUGACAUACAAACUACAAUCAUGGCAAAAAUUCCGUGGACACUUAAAGUGCAUAUGACAUGAAAUUGUUUAUUUUCUUAAAUAAACGAACUCUUUAAGCUGUAGAGUAACUUAUUUUUCAGUUUCUUGUUUUUAUCGUUUGUUCCCGAGAUAUUUCAAUUUGUUUUAUUAUGUAAAUGAGUGUGAAUAUGUCCGUUAAUUUAUGACGUCACUUUGGUUGCAAGCUCAACUUACACUGGUUUCAAUGGGUUAUAAAUCUAUUAACUCUAAAAACUGAAGAUAUCAGUUCACGUUUUUCUACAGUGUUUCAUCACAUUUACCAGUGAGUGAAGUUUGAAAUUAUCAUCUUGGAGGAUAGCAGUGAUAUUCAACCAAGUUAAAGAGCUUGCAACCAAAGUGACGUCAUAAAUUAGCGGACAUAUUCAUACUUAUUUACAUAUCAAACAAAACUGAAAUAUCUUGGGAACAAACCAUAAAAACAAGAAACUGAAAAAUAAGUUACACUACAGCUUAAAGAGUUCUUUUAUUUAAGAAAAUAAACAAUUUCAUGUCAUAUGCACUUUAAGUGUAAACCAAAGUAUUACUGUUGGCAUACACUUGUUGGCGUCUUUGUCUGCCCCCCCCCCCUCCCUACAAUGUUGGUCUUGACACGCAUUCAGUAAGCUUUCACCUAACCAAUGUAUCAGCUUUCAACAAUGAACCGGGGGGAGGGCCGGGAGGGGGAAGUUAGUUAUUGCUCGUAUAUAUUUGCCAAGGAUGGUAGCUACUGUUGUUGUCAAUAGGCUCAGUAGACAUAACGAUUCGUAGGUCUUAAAAUCUGCAGGAAAGUUUACGCGAACAACCUAACUUAUUUUUGCUGUUUUUAGUGGCGGCCUUUCAUUUGAAUUCAGGACAUUUGCGAGCCAUGGUAUUUUGUUCUAUUCUGCGAACAGUGAACAGACAGAUUUCAUAUCUUGUUAUUUACAAGAUGGAAAAGUUACUUUUGGAUUUAACACUGGUUCGGGAGAUAUCUUCCUUACAGCAGAUAAUGUCGUAAACGAUGGAACAUGGAAAAAGGUAUUAUUAUACAGGGUGUAUCAGAAAAAAGUACACAGUUGGAAAAAGUUCACUAAAGUUAGAUGCGCGCGACAUUUGCGAAAACGUCCAGUAAGCCUAUGUACUUUAACGUUCUCUGGUACAUCUAGCACUAAAAUUAUUUAAAAUGCUAGCGUUUUUAGAGUAAGAAAGCUGCUACGAAAAAAUUGUUUAUCGGAAACAAAAUUUAAUGACACAAAGUCAAAAUACGAACUGUCUUACACAUAGGCCGUGGCCAAAGUUAUUUCGCUUCGUGGCAACCCCCCGGAAAAUAGAUUUUCUGUGGUUCAAUACAUAGUACCAUAUAUGCUCAAUUACCACAAAAAGUUCCCAAGCAAUAAACUUGCCAAACACCGAGAAAAUGGGUGAUCAGUGAUUAUCUUCUAUUAAAUCGUAUUACCGCAAGAAAAUGUGAAAUUUUGUAUUCAAUUACAACAAAAAUGACUUAAAGCUUAGGAAAAACCGCAUGUUAGGCUUUUAAACAGUUUUUUGAUCCCUCAAAUAGUCUUUGAGUUAUUGCUGUUUUAAAUGUGAAAAUUGGACCAAAAUGUCGCGAUAAGGACUGGGUACUAGGUCAAAAACGCGUUUUUGACAGCGUAUAACUCUGAUACAAUUUAAGUCUUAUGUCUUAUAUGUAGAUUUUUGUAAGCUUUUUGACGAUGCAAGUCCUUUUUGUUGUAAUUGAAUACAAAAUUUCGCAUUUUCUUGCUGUAUUAAAUACAAUUUAAUAGAGGGUAAUCACUGAUCACCCAUUUUCUCGGUGUUUGGCAUGUUCUCUGCUUGGGAACUUUUUUGAUGAUUGAGCAUCUGUGGUACUAUGCAUUGAACCAUAGAAAAUCUAUUCCCCAGGGGGUUGCCACGAAAUUGCUUUUCUAAGCAUUUUUUCUCACAACGGCCCACGGCCUAUCAAAAUUUCAAGAAAUUUGGUGCACGUGUAGGCCAACGCGAGAAUUUCAAAACCUGGAUUUUCUUAGCUUGUGUACAGCCGUUACCCUCGACGAAGCGCGCGAGAGAACGUCUGUGAGUUGGAUGCAUAAUCCUUAUCCUUGUUCAGGUCACGUGGAUAGUUCCCAGAUUUGGGGACCGCCUCUGAUUGGACAGUGCUUGAUUUGAAUAAAUUAUGACAAAUGAAGCUAUUUCAUUGGUUAAUUGAUAAUUAGCAUGCGUUUAAAAUAACAACACAAAAAUUUUAAAAUUCCAUAUCAAAAAUCAAGAUUUCCUUCGGGGCAUACAAAGGUUUGAAAGACUUUUUGUGCUGUAUCGAAGUUUAAGAAAAUCAAGAUAAAAUUCUAGUGUUUGGACACUCAGCGAACACAAUGCUGACAAAUAUAUAAAAUACAACAAACUAUUGGACGGAAAUUGACAAUUUAUAAUUGACAAUUUAAUAAAUUGACAAUCUGUUUAUAUGUCCCGACUCCUAGUGAUAAAGCAUUCUCUUUACAUGUAAUGUGUUUAACUUCGUCUCACUUGGCCCGCUAACUUUCAAUUACUUUAAAAUGCACCUUUUGAAUAACCAGUUGUGUUUAUAUUUAAUACUUUGUCUUUGUAAACAAAUAUACGCUAUAUAUAUGUACUCCAAGAACUGAACUUGUACACCGGACGUGCCGGCAAUGAUCAUCGUUCUGCAGCAUUGUUCACACUUAAAACAAAUCUCUUCGUCGAUAAAUAUAUGCAAUAUAUUUCUGGUGUAUCGUGUUUCAGAUUGUAUUUAAAUUCUUUCAAACCUUUGUAUGCCCCGAAGGAAAUCUUGAUUCUUGAUCUGGAAUUUUAAAAUUAUUGUGUUGUUAUUUUAAACGCAUGCUAAUUAUCAAUUAACCAAUGAAAUAGCUUCAUUUGCAUAAAUUAUUCAAAUUAAGCACUGUCCAAUCAGAGGCUAUUUCAAGCUGUGAUGAAAUUUUUUUUAGAUCAAAAAUUUUUUCAUUAGGGAAUAGGUCUAUUGUCUCGAACAUUUUUAUGUAAAUUAUUAAUAAGUAAUGCAUGGUUUCUCUUGAAAUUUGGAUAAACAUGCACUCGUGAGUUUUUCAAAGACUCAAAUAGCACUCGUCCAUUGAGGUCUUUGAAAAACUCACGAGUACAUGUUAUAUCCAAAUUGCACUCGAAACCAUGCUAUUUAAUACCUAUACAAAUCAAUCUUCAACAUAUAUAGGAGGGCAUGCACGUUGAAGAUUGAUUUUAUUUGUAAAUGAACACUGUAUGUCAAUAAUUUUGUAAAUUAUAAACGUUGUUAAUAACUCUAGGACCUCUGGGAAUUGGCUUGCAAAUUUCGUACUGUAAUUUAUGCAAACGUCCGAGCAUGCAUAAAAUCAAUGCAUGGAAGCCCCAAAGUUUUGUUUAGUGAGUCUUAAGGUCCAUACAGCGAUUUUUUAGUUUUUGAAAGCUAAUAAAACAGCUAAUGAGAGCAAAUUUUGAAAGAUAUGUAGACCAAAUAACUCAAAAUGUCAUAGCGCUCCUAAAUAGUUGGAAAAUUUAAACUAGGACCAAAGUUAUCGGUCAGUGAAAAUCGAAAAAUCGCGUCGCGUUGUCGAAUCGCGUCCAGUGUGGACCUUUAAGGUCAUACAGACCGGACGUGAUUUGGCAACGCGACGCGAAUUUUCAGUUUUCAAUAACAUUUAACUUUAAUAUUUUUCAAUGUUUUUCAAAUAUUCGGAACCACUUAAGCAAUUUUAGCUAUUUGGUCUGCAUAUCUUGUAAAUUUUUUAUCCGUUGACGGUUUUAUUUGUUUUUGAAAACUGAAAAUUCGCGUCGCGUUGCCGAAUCGCGUCCGGUCUGUGUGGGCCUUGAGUCGGGUCAAAAACAUAUUUAUGCCCGCAAGCAUCCGCUCUACGAAUAUCUCGUGUGUUUCUUACAUAUAUGUUUGUCUCCAUAGGUUACUAUUUACCGAGAUAAAGUUAAAGCACAGCUUACUGUUGAUGGUAUUGAUGUUAAUGGUGUUGGCAACCCAGGUGCCACAGUUAUUAAUGGAAUCCCCUAUUUAUAUUUUGGCGGGUACAAAACUGAAGUGUUGAAAAAGAAAAUUAAUGUAAGUACUGUUUGUUAUACACUGUGCUUUUCUGGUUUUAAAAGUUCGACAUAGCCAGAAAUAUGCGACAUAUCAGUCAAUGAGUAAUUGAAAUAUUUUGUGAUAUACGAUCCGGAGGUUUAUCGAUAUCCCGCGGCUUUCGUUUGGCCUUCGGUUUCAUUAGGAUUGCUCAAAAUAGUUUUGGAGAAGAAAUUGACCGAAAUUUCACCGAGUUAUGGCCAUGCUAUUGGAACCAAAACGAAGUUUUUACCGAUCUUGGAUGCUCUUAACUACCUUCAAAACAACAAGGCAGGGACAAGGGAAGGGAACAAUAUAUUUCUUUGUUUUUAUAUCAUUCAAAGCCGUAAGAACCUCAUCUUGCCGGAACAAGCUUUGCAUGUAGGAAUUUGUACUGUCUAUAACGCGCAGCGAAGGAUUUUCACAAUUUUUCAUGGGUAUUUUGCAAUUUUUCAUGCUUUUUGUUAACUAACUCACUAGGGUCUCGCUGGUGAUUUUGAAUUUCUCAGGGACAAGGUUUGUCGACAUCGAGACAGCACAAUUUUGGGCUCAGUUUGUUCGCUAGCAUUUGUUUGACCGAAUUCGAUCUUCGCAUCUCAGGAAUUGUAUUGUAUUGUUGAAUUACUAAUACAAUUUACUAUAAAUAUUGGGAAUCAGGCACGGGUGAUCACUUAGUGUUGCGUAAUCACUAUGUCGCUCUUUUAUGGCUAUGAAAUGUUUUUUUUCAAAAGCUUUGCAGGUGUCGUAAGUAAUACAAGCCAAUGCAAAUGCAGGGGUGGAAAAAUUAUUUACUUUCUGGGACCACAAGAGAACAUCGAAAAUUUUCUGUAAAUAAUCAAGUAAAUGGCACUUGGACACUGUACCUGUGUGACACUAACAAUUUGUCAAACUGAAUGUCAUGCUAUAUUUCACAGGAAAAAAUAUUAAAAUAUGACAUGCAGCUAAUGUAGAUAACAUGCAUCAAUGGUUGAUCCUAAGGUAAACACAGAUGCCAAAAAGUUAGGGCACUACAAUACUAGGGGACACUAUCAGGGACAAAAAUUUUGAAAAUCAGAUGUCCCAGCAUGAGGUUAUACUGUGAAUUUUCCUCUGAUUUUCUCCUUUUAUCUAAAUUAUUACAUUUUUUCUUUGUUGGGAAAAUAUUUUCUGAGAACUUAAAAAAUUUUCCGGGAUCAAUGGUCUCGUGGUCCGAACAUUUUCCAGCCCUGUCCAUAUGAUGCGUUCUGCGUCGGGUAAUUGCAGCUGAACUAUAACAUAUAACUGAGACACGAUCUACAUACGAAAAUAUUCAACUAUUCAAUCAUCAUUUGAAUAUGCAAAAAGUUGCUCAAAAAACAAACAAUUUUUCCAGAAUAUAACAAAAAACAACGGAGUUUUCCCUAUUCAUUGCAACAGUUGCAGUUUCAACUGUGUCAAAAUUUUAAAGGUAGGGACAGUCCGGUCUGCGCAUGCGCACAUAGGAGUCUCCUGCCAUGAUAAAAACACUUGAAUUGGAUUUUUAUUUCAUUUUAUGUUCUUGCAAAGCCUGAUUGUUAUAUCUUGACAUUUAUUAUACUGUAGAAGCAUGAAAAUAUAAAUAGUUGUCGAAUAAAGUUCAAUAUUUUGAAUACCGAAAUGUAAGUAAAGGCUUUGUUUACAUACGGACUGUACCCUAUCUUUAAGAGAAAUCGCGUGUUCUAAUAUGAAUUAUCCCUCCUUCAAUCUCAAUUGUUUCUCGUAAUUCCUGAAAUCACAUGCCCCAAUCUUAAUUGUUUUUCAUAAUUUCAGGCGAAAUCACGUCUUCCAAUCUCAGCUUGCUUCCGUGGAUUGAUGUGGCACAGUGGUACGAAAUUCCCAAACAAGCCAGUUAAAGAACAGUUAGUAAGCAAAUGUUACAAUGAGCAGCAGGAAAAGAGUGUAUAUUUUGCAGGCAUUAACAGCUACAUGAUAGCAAGUGAGUCUUUUAACGCAUUUUUAAUAAUAGCAGCACUCGAAUCCGCUCCCACCGUGCAUGUGCUUUAUCCUUUAGGAUUGUGAAAGUAGUAAAGAAGCUUUGCCGCUUUUGCACCCAAUCAGAUUUCGUUUACAUCGAAGUUCAUAGUUGGGAAAAAAAUAUUAAAUGAACUCAAAAAAAAUUUUGAGCAUAAUUUCCUCCACCUAAUGACAUACCCGUCGAACUCACUAGAGUUCAAUCUCUCGCUGAGUUUAAAUCUAAAAUAUCUUAAUAUUUCUCUUAUAUUAGUUUCUUUGCAUGUGUAGUUUGUUACUUUUGUAAAUAGCUUGAUACUUUUUUAUUAGUAAUUAGUCGACUAGUAUAGGUACACGUCUCCAUUGAAGAGCACAUAACAUAACCUGUGAAAUGGACCUCGUGUUUUAAAUAAAGAUGUCAAUCAAUCAAACCUAGGCACGAUAUUAUGUGGGCAGCGGCUAGCCACUAUAUGCAUGUUACUGCAAAAACGACGUAAGUUCCGGAUGUUCACUCUCUCUUCUUCAGAGAGGCUUACAUGAAUUUUCCUAAUUUAUUUUGAUAUAAACAUGACUAUAUUUUUGGUCGACAGUCGGUACUGAUCCGACAAUAUUUGUAUUUUGAUCCGACGAUACAUACCAGGCUCUCUUUGUUGAACUUUCGGAAGAUGAGUUGUCUUGCUUGCUUGCUUGCUUGCUUGCUUGAAGAGAAAAAAAACGCGGAAAACACAAAACAAGCGACUAAAACCGCGUCAAUGUCUUUCGCCAGCAUUUAGAAGCAAAGCAAAUCAACGAAAACGACCUAGUUGGCUCAUAAGAAACUCUUGCAAAGGUUUGUGUGAAGAGCUCGUUGUACGUGUUCCUAGUUACAAUGUCUAACAAUGAAGAGAAUGAUAAAACAAUUAUUGAACUCGGUUCCCGCAAAAUAUCGUGAUUUGUCGGCGGCUCGCAGAGCAAUUGAUCUGCUCGCCACCAACAAAUCACGAUAUUUUUCUCAAACUCGUCCAACAAUUGAUAGAUGCGCGCAUAAAAUAAACACAGAGCAAUAUAUAAACGAGAAAAGCAAAGAUACAAGCAAAAGUUGUAACUAAAUAUUUCACGAAUGGCAACACGCCACAUUACAUUGUCAAAAGUGGAGAUAAACCAAGAAAAAUUCAGCCAAACUGAACAGAAUACAUUACCAAAUGUUACAAAUGAGCAGACGAAUAUAUAUCCGAACAUAAAAAAUCACUUACAAUAAACCGGUAUAUAAACGAGAAAACAAGACUGAAUAAAAAAUAUUAACCAACUUGAGCAAAAUUGGCAAAAUUUAGUAAUCCCUAUGCAGGUGAUGGUACUUCAUUAAUUAUGCUGAUGCAUCUCAAUACAUACCGCCAUGCUAUAUGGAAAGUAUGUAUUAGCAUAGAAUAAUAAACAUUGAUUAAUAAUUAGUAUAGGUAAUCACACGGGAAGGAGUGCAAUUAAUGAUUAACACUACGUGUGAUAUUUGAAAAAUGUGCCAAAAUUGCACGAGCCGCCGUGUUCAAGUGCAUUUUGUCAAGAGUUUUUAAUUCUUUUGUAAGCAAUUUGGCAUAAACAAACUUGGGAAGUGAUCAUAAAGUCAUAAAAGCACAUAACUUAAACUAGAACACAUUAUUGAAAUUCAAACAACAUAUUUUAGAGUAAGAAAAUCUUUAUAAAUUGUAUUACAGACUUACAUAGUCGCAUUUCGCUGCAUCUCGACGAGAUUAUUUCUUAAAACAGUUUCCAGGUAUUUUCCACGUUUGUCAUUUAUACAAGAUAAAUUUCGCCGCCAUAUUGGAUUUUUGUUGUUUUGAUAUCCCGCUCGAGAGUGCGAUUUCAAAGAGUGGAAAGAAGGUGCGAUUUCAGCAUGCAUCGCGAUUCGUGCUGAAAUCGCACUCAUGUGAACCAAUCAGAUUGCAGGAAACACCAAUGAUUUCAAAAUGGUAUAAUAAAUAGUGUUAUUAGUCUCGUAGGCAGUCGCCAUACAAACCUAUACUAAUUGCAGUGGCAUUACAAAAAUAUAGUAUUAUUCAGUGAAUGUUUAAUCAGCAACAUUUUCUUGGUAUAGCUACAUGUUUUUACCAUGCAGUGUGGAUUAUAACAAUUUCGCUUCAGUCUGACAAAAAUGUCCGAUCAACUGUUCAGUUGCUGAGACUUUGGCUAAUAAUUAUCGGCCAGCUUUUCGAAAUUUACUUUCAAUUGACAAGCUAUCAAUUUGACAGGUUGUGCUGAUCACUUCUCGCAUGAUCAAUCACACUACUUAAUUUUUGGCAAGGAAUCCCAACGAUUCAUUGCGUGUCGAGUUUUCGGGAAUAUCACAGCAAAGCCAAGAAAAUAUUUUGUGUUCCUUCUCUUGCUAUUAUGCUUAUGCUUUAUGAACAGUGCUGCACUAUUCAAACAAUAUACCUUUCAUUUAAAUGAAAAGUGCCUAUUUUAUUUGCUCGGUAAAAAUGUCCGUGCAGUCUUGGAUUGGUCGGCCGUUUAGUGUUUUUUGUUUGGCAAAUAGCCGAUUGCCGACCGUUAUCCAUAAUCCACCCUGGUUUUUCCAAAGUUUACCAGCAAAAGUCAACAAUUAUCAAGUGUCUGUUGGGCUAGCCAUAUAUACAAUUUUAAAUCCGUCCAUUUUGGCACCAAUUACAAGUAACUUACUAACUUUGCCAGAUUCAAGCAAGGUUAACACAAAAACUGGCAGGGCAAUCGCAACAGCUUACGCCAAUUACUGCGAUCCCUAAAUGUUAGACAAAUAUUGGUAAAUAGAAAAAAUGAGCUAUAUUACUAACGAACUAUCAGAUUGGUUACUUCUCACAUUACGACCCUCAGGACCCCUUCCUUUUUCGUAAGCUGACUGAAUCAGUUGACAUUUGAAACCCUCACAAUCUUAAACCUUUGGCAAAACCCUAAAAUAGGCCCCAUAUAGAUACCAAUGCGAAAAGGUACUUCAGAACUCUAAACUAAAAUCUAAAAACAACACGUCUCGAGCUUGGUUGCAUUUUAUGCAAACCGAUUUUUUUAUGUUCGUGGAUCGUCAACGUCAUGACAUUAAUCUCAUACAUACUGUUUUUCUGCAAACCAUUUUAUUUAUACGUACCUACGUUGUUCUUCGAAACUACUCGUCAAACAUGACAAGAAGUAUUAUUGUAUAAAAAUAUAGUCUUGAAAUUGUAUCUUUAAACUUUAGGUUAAAAACUGGUUUGAAAUUAAUCCCGUCCCGUAAUAAUGGGCCGGAUAUUCUAUGGCCGCUUUUACUAGUCAUAGUAACUAGGUUUUUGCAUAUGAAUUAGUAAAUUUCAUAAGUUGUUUAUAACAUUCGCAAUAGUACACGCGGGUUGUUCCCAGUUAUUAAUGACAAGUUUGGAACAAGUUGUUAUCAUCUUAUAACAAGGUUGGCGAGCCCAACAGACUCGCAAAAAGUUGUUCCAGCAAGCCUGAUAUCGUCUGCACUUAACAAGUCGUUAACAAGUUCAUGACCAUAAAGUUCGUAGCAACUUGCUGGGAACAGCCUGUAUCAGUCUUGUUGGAACAACUUGUAGCAAGUCUUCUAUACCGUCAUGAACCUUGUAACAAGAUGUUAAUGCUUGUUUCAGAAUUCAGAUUUGUCAGAACAAAUGGGAACAAGCAGUGCUAACACAUUCUGAUAACGACUUGACAACAACCUUGUAACAACUUGCGUGUUUUUACAUGUGUAACUGAUAAAGUUCAUUAUUUUAUCCACGUGAUGGUCGGUUCGCCCUUGGAAAUGUCCAUGCUGGUCAUUCUCAUAGUUCAACUGCUUCUACUCUUAAAAACAUUCUUAGGAUACAAUUGCCUAAUUGUCCUGCUUCUCACUGAUUUUCCUUCUUGUACUUCAGCGGACGCAUUCUAUGUUGGUCGUAAAAAAAUAUUUAGUAUGGAUAUCAAGCCACAAAACACGACAGGUCUCAUCUUUGCGCUUGUGGAUCAGAAAAAUCCAGAGAAUGGAGACUUUGUGGUCUUGGAACUUAACGACGGAAGCGU